AACUUUUAAUUCAUUUCAACACCGCUUCCCAAUUCUGAGAUACAGAUAGUUUUUGAAGUCAGGAAGCUAAACUUUCUCCAUGGCUAACUGUACCGGCGAUUCCUGUGUCCCUCCGGAAAAUACCUACAUAGAGGAAUUGAUAUAUGAAGCAAUAUCAGGUUGGGUGUCUUACCUCCACAUAAAGAAAUCAAGUCGGGGUGAGCUUCGAACCUCCUGCGAUCACUUGGCGUCCCUUUCGUCUGAUCUCGCUCACAUUCCCAAACCACAUACUCCUUGCCAAGUUUGUCAGGACCCAGAUGACAAUGUGCUGUGUUUAUGCUGCAAGGGGGUUUUCUGUAGCCGGCUUGUUAACAAGCACAAUCAAGAACAUCGUGGCAAGACAGACCACUGCUUUGAAUUUGUCUACAGAGAUUUAUCAUUUCGGUGCAUCUCCUGCGACUCCUAUUUAGAUGCGCAAGCGAUCGAGCAACUCCGUCCUGUCUAUAUAAAGGCUUAUAUUCAGAAAUUCGCCCUAAAGGGUCCUUUAGCAGCGGCACUACAAAGAAAAAUACAGACUAGCUCAUCAUGUUCUGCAGUUCAAUCCUUUGACAACAAAGAAGACAAAAGCUGUCCAAUCAAGACGAAUCCAUCUCAAACCAACAAAUCCUGCAAUGAAGAAAUAACUUUUUUGAAUCGAAAAUGUAAGUGCGGGAAGACGGCAGAUCUGAAGAUAUCUGAAUCAAAAGAAAAUCCAAACAAACUUAUCUAUUGCUGCCCAAAAAAGGGGGAUGGUUGCAAUUUUCUUGCAAUGUGGGAACGAGAUGAUCCAGCGUGCUCUAUUGUUGGUGGUUCCUCUUCAAAACAAGAAAUUUGUUUGAAUUUUAAGAAUGAUGCAGCUCCAAUUCCUGAUAUUGGUGCUCGUGCUCCUACAUCAAACCCAAGGAUUAUUGAACGGAUCGUGGCUUUGGAAGCAAAUGUUGCUGCAGGAAAAAUGCUUGUUUUGUUCAAUCUCUUGGUUGUGUUUCUUGGCUUAUUUGUUAUGGUUUGUGUGCUGGUUAAAAUUUAACUGGUUGUAGUCACCUAUAUAUGCUAAGUUGUUGGAAUAUUGUUCUGUUUUUUAUUUUAUUUUAGUAUGGAUGUUAAAAAAUGUUGAAAA